UUUCACCAGCGAGCAACACACAUAAAUUUAUUAACGAACCCAGCUUAUGGCCAAAUGAUGAGAAGUGUGUGAAAAAAAAGAAUAUCUGAAUUUACCCGCCAACUGCAGUUUGCAGUCCAAAAUAAUAAUAAAAAAAAAACAGGGAAAAGAAACAAAAGGAAAAAUCAGACAUUCGGACAGUGAGCGAACGGGGGAACGUUGUGUGUCAUAAUAAUAAAUGCUCCGUUGGCGGUUCGUGAUGAAAUUAUUUAUGAAAAAUAAAUGGAGCUACUCCCCCUGGAUGCUGCUCCCGAUCCUCAUCCUGGCCAUGCUGCAGCUGCAGCUGCAGGAGUGUAUGGCUGCCAGCGCCGCCAACCCGGACACAACCACGAAUGCAACAUGCAGACAUGCCACGGACAUGUGGGGAGAUCCGGAUCCCAACAAAUUCUACGUGUGCUCCGAUGGCGGACAACCGCUGCAGCUGGAGUGUCCGCCGGGUCGGGGAUUUUUCAGCGGUCUCGGUUAUCUGGGCUGUUUGCCCUACGGCCACUGGCCAGCCUGCCGGCCCACCGAGGAGCAGGUGGCCGCCCAGUUGUCAGCUGGCUGUGACAGCACUACCACCGGCCAUGUGCCAUCGCCCUGGGCAUCGCCGGAUCCCAAUCGAUUCUACAUGUGCCCCAGCACAGAUGCCACACCUCUGCUGCUCAACUGCGCCGCCGGCCGAGGAUUCGUGGCCAGUUCGGAGAUGGUGGGCUGUGCGGACUGGUCGCAGUGGCGUCGCCAGAUGGAGUGCGAGGCGUACUACUGAUGCUGUGGGAAAACCAUGUACUCGCUAUAUCAAUAAUCACAUCAAUACCCCAAACUCGAAUAUUCAUUAACUUAUUGGUUAGUCA